UCUUCUGGAGAGGCGAAAAUUUCCCAUCGUCUUCGAUGCGACUUAACGACCGUCAGCGACUCGGUCGGCUGGAUCUCGCCUGUUUUUCGAUUUCUAUUUUCUCUAGAGUUUGGUCCAGCAGCUGAAGAUUGAUGAAAACCGAAGGGGAAGAUGUUUAUGCUGCUCAUGACCGCCCUGCUGGUUUCCCAGCCUGCUUCAGGUGCAGAGAUGAAAGAGGUCCGUGAAGGGGCAGAAUCCGUUCUGUUGCCCUGCUCCUUCAGUCCGUCUGAUUUGGACAACGCCAUCGUGGUGUGGAGUCGCAACGAUCUCAAUCCCCCGACGGUUCACCUGCGUCGGAAGGAAGGCAACGACAUCCACAGCCAAAACAAACUCUACAAAAGUCGAACGUCCAUGCAGGAAAAUGCUCUGGAAACCGGAGACCUGAGCCUGACUGUGAGCAAACCCGAACUCACCGACAGCAGCACCUACACCUGCACUGUGCGCAGGCUUGGGGAGCAAGUGGGUCAGAUGGACGUUAAGCUGGAGGUCCUGAGGAGUGAAGGAGUUCCCACCUGGGUCACAAUUUUCCUAGUCAUCCUGACUCUGGUCAUUGCUGCCGUUGUGGGGGCCGUAAUUCAUUUCAGGAAGUUUUUCCGGAAAGUUCCAAAAGUUGAAGUGAACUCAGAGGUGGAGUCUGUCCUGCUGCCCUGCAUCACCAUCGCUCACCUUCCGCCGGACGCCAGGGUGGAGUGGACGGACAGCAAAGACAGGAAGGUCCAUGUGUACGAUAACGGCUGCGACCGGCCUGAGCAGCAGCACUGGUUUUACACGGAUCGAACAGAGAUGAAGAAAAAGCUGCAGAAGGUCUCCUUCCUCUGUCUGACGCUGAAAUACCCGACGGACAGAGACAGCAAGACCUUCACCUGCUCCGUCUACAGCCGGGCCAGAAUUGUGCUACUGAAGAAGCAGGUGGAGCUCCUUGUCAUAGUCCCAGAGGUCAAGGUGGACUCAGGGAUGGACUCUGUUGUGUUGCCCUGCAAAACCAAAAUCAAUCUCUCUAAAGAGAUCACCGUAGAGUGGUCCUGCAACGACGUCUGGGUCCUGAAGGUGCACAUGUACAAGAACGGUUGUGAUCGUCCCGAAGAACAGAGUCCGUUCUACAGAAACAGAACCAAGAUGAAAGAAGACCUGCUGGAAACCGGAGACCUCAGUCUGACGCUGAAACACCCCACGGACAGAGACAGACAAACCUACACCUGCACGGUCUACAGCAGAGACGGGAAAAUCCUCAUGAAGAAACAAGUAAAGCUCAACGUCGAAGACUGUGAGGUGGAGGUGGACGAGGGGACAGAGUCUGCCGUGUUGCCCUUCAAGACCUCAGGCGAUAUGUCAGACGCCAAGGUGGAGUGGUGGCGUUACGAGCCUGAACCGCCCAUGACGGUCCACAAACAUGAGAACGGCUGUGAUCAGCCCGAAGAUCAGCACCAGCUUCACAGAGAGCGAACAAAGAUGAGUCCAGAAAAUGGAGACCUGAGUCUGACCCUGAAGUACCCAACGGACAGAGACAGUGGGAGCUACAUCUGCAGGGUCAACGGCAAGCAGAACAAGAGGAAGAAAACCGUGAUGCUCAGAGUUGUCAACCGGCAAGUGGAGGUGGAGGAAGGGGCGGAGUCUGUCCUGCUUCCCUUCAAAACAACGCCUGACCUACCCGAAGAUGCUAAGGUUGUGUGGUGGCAGCUUGACCCGGAACAUAUGAAGAUCCAUGUGUAUCACAAUGGCUCUGAGCUACAGGAAGAACAGAACCACUCGUACAGAAACAGAACAAAGAUGAACGAUGACCUGCUGAAAACUGGAGACCUCAGUCUGUCUCUGAAGCAGCCCACAGAUGGAGACAGUGGGAGGUACAGAUGUGAGGUCUACAGUGAGACGAGGGGGAGCAGGAGAGAGAAAACCGUCAUGGUCAAAGUUAGAAAGAGAAGCCAGAGUCAAAAUGUGGACAAAGGAAACGGCACUGAUCCCACUCCUCUGCUGGCUCAACAAUCAGUUUAAUUGGUUUGGUAGUUUAUAUCCAAAUUUGGUUAUCUUGGCUUAAUGUUCAGUCUGUGUGACUUUGUCCUGAAGUCUAAAGACGUCACCCUAUCUUCAUCUAGUUGUUGUUGAUGAGAGGCAAUGGUGCUGGUCAGGACUAUCCAUCAACAUGAUCAUGCUAGAAACAGGAUCUCCUGUUUGGCAAUCGCUCAACAUUUGUCCUCCUAGGAUUUGUUGGUGUCCAGAAAUUUGUAGUGAUUUGAGUUUUUCUGUUUGUUUAUUUCUGUGUCUGAGUUUAAUGAAUGAGAGACUUUCUGUGUCUAUUGUUUCUGUGUCUCGUUUCUGUGUCUAUUGAGUCUCCGUGUUGUCCUGUCUACCCCUUGAUUGUUCCCAGCUGUGUCUCGUUCCCUGAUUAGCCUCUGUGUAUUUAAUUCCACCUGUGUUCCUUGUUCUUUGUCGGGUCAUCGUCUGUAUGGCCUUUUCUCACAGUCCAAAAACAUAUUAAUGCUUAAUGACUUGUCUGAAACCACAGAAAAUGAGGAUAUGUUGAACGCAUUUGUGGCUUUUAACUUGUGAAACAGAAAUGGGUUUUGUGAGCGCUCUUAUUUUCCCCUAAAGACCCUCGUCUCAAGAAAAAUGACUGAGAUUGGAACUGAAAACUGGCUCAGAAGGAAGAGAAAACACCAACCUGAGGAGCAAUGUUACAAUACAAUUCAUGCCACACUGACAAAAGACAUUUCUAGACGAGUCAGCAGUCAGAUUAUUGAGGUGGUUAUGUUUGUGAUCAUAAUGUUUCUCAUGUUUUGUCACACCAUGAUUAUUACCCAGAUGUUUCUAUGUCCAAGAGAAACAUCUGCUGAUGUCCGCAGAUUCUUUUAUUAAAAUAAACCAAUUACUGUUCACUUCAAA